ACUGGUAUCAACAUUUGCACUUUCGGAGAACCACCCUCCAUAACAACCUGUCUACACGAUGGAUACCAUGGAAAGUUUGGCUCCGAGUUCUCUAUCAUCACAUUAUAGACCUCCUCAUGGAAAGCUUGCUAGACAGUCAACACCGGUUGAAGCACUACAGAGUAGUUUAACCUUCGUGGACUCAGACAAAGACCCAGCCCUCAAUCAACUUCAGCUUCAGCGCGACGAUCGACAUCAGCGCGACAUGGACUUAGACAAAGACCUAGCCCUCAGUCAACUUCAACUUCAGUCCCGGGAUCAACGUCAGCGUCAGCGUGACAUCGACAUCUCUCAUGCACAUCCAGAAGCUUCUUAUGCACAUAUAGAUCCUCAGCCAAGAUGGAGUGGCCCUAGGGGUUUUGGUGCUCGGCACAUACACGACGACGUUCCGUUUUCUCUCUGGAGCGAAGAGAACCAAAAUUACAGACAUGCCAGUAGUCAUGAAUUGGCAUACAUCCUGGACAGGUAUCACGCAGCAAAGGUUGAAUGGUACGAGCAUAUACUAGUACUUCAGACUUUAAACCCGCCUAACCCAGUACCACUCACCGUCGCCUGCACUCCCGUCAUCUUCGUUCCUAUUGGCCAAGAAGGAUUGGAUAUCGCAGGGAGAGCCCCAUACUUCAACUAUCGUCUCGCAGACCCAUGCCCCAAUCUUCGUUUGCCAAGAAGUCAGAGACCUGAAAAAUCACAAAUGCAUGAGGUGGUUUCUGCGCUUUUACAGCUCGCCGAGGUACGAAGAGUGAAUUUUUGCCCGGCUAGCAUUAUUGUUGAACUUGUCUAUGGCGAUGGGCGACUCUAUGAAAGAGGUUCUCUCCCAUACUAUGUGGCUGGCUUACCUACGACCUAUCAUCAUGACCCAACCCCCUUCUUCCAGAGUAUGGGUAGCCAUACUCGAGAACGGCUGCUAGAUCCUACCCUAUACCUCCCAGGGCAUAUCAUCGGGCCGCUACCACAAGAUAUUUCGAAUUACCUCCGAGAUCCCAAUUGGGGCGCGAUUAAUCCAGGGGUGAGGCUCUCAACUGGGCCAGUUACAAGUUCUGGUGCUGAAGCUGAGGUCAACCAAUCAACGACAUGCGGGGUGCUACUGAGGCAAGGAUCAUCGAUGUUUGUAACCAUCGCAAACCACGGAUUUCUAGCCAAUGAUAGCGGAGAAGUCUUUCACCCGGUAGCCGAUGGGGAUAUGAUAGGAAACAUCGUUAAAAGAUACCCAGAGCUCGAUAUUGCGAUGGUCCAACUUACCCCGGCAAAUUCGAACAGAUUUACAAAUGGAACUUACUUUCAAGCCGAACCGCCAAGGCGAUUAGCUGCGCGACGUGAGCUGUUUAGAGGUGCCUGGUUCGAGGUGGAUGGCAUGAGCACAGGCCUUCUCUCGUUUCAAUACUGGAGCGACUCGAUGGAGUGCCCACGGCGGCCGCCUGGACACCCUCCAAUUCCCGUAAGCAGGUGGAAAAUUGAUAUAACUUGCAGAAUCUUUGGAGCCACUAGCCCUGAGAUGAUGGAUGGCCUUUGCGGUGCUCCAUUCGUCGAGGAGAGGACUGGGAACGUGGCCGGAUUUUUCCAUCUGGCGAAUGGUGAUUGGGCGGAAUGCGCUACACUGGAUGAUCUUGUAGCAGAGGGUUAUGAUGUUGUCUAGAGGAGUAUAUGGCAGGUAGAAGACAUGGUUUGCUUUAAUAAAUUAUAUUGAUUCGGGAAGCUAUUUCCAAGUAAAAUGUAGAGUAGAAAGGGG